AUGACGGAUUGGAGCAAGUUGAAGGUCACUGAACUUAAGGAGGAGUGCAAGUCGCGUGAUAUCCCUCUAACAGGUCUCAAAUUAAAACAACAAUACAUCGAUAAACUCGAAGAGUACGAUGCGCAGAACGGCGACCGGUCCACUGAAAAUGAAGAUAAAGAUGACCCAGAUGCAGAAACAGUCAAGGAACAACGUGCGCCGCAGGUAAACGGAGACGGUGGAGGAGGGCUCGAUGAUGACACGGGCGCGAAUGACACCGCAAAAGACGAGGCGCCAAAGGCCGCUAGCGGAGAACAAACCCCUGGGUCUGGAAAGAACGAAGAUGGAGCAGACAAACCUUCGGCAGUUCAAGAAAAGGACAGGCACUCUCAAGACCAAAUAGAGAUCAAGGAACAACCUAUCACAGAAGCCUCUCCUCACACUGAUGAGAAAGAGACGAAGGACGCUCCAGAGAAUAUCCCAGAGAAUGUCGUAGAGAAGGCGGAAGAAAAGUCCGAAGAAGACAGCAAAACAGUCGAGGCCACUGGAGAAAGUGAUAAUACAGUCGCGGGUGCAGAAACGGCACUGAAGGAGGAAGAAGAAGAAGAAGCCAUGAUCACCGACCAGAACGCCGAAAGCCAGAAGUCAGCCGUCCUCCCCACACCACAUCUGACUGAAAACCUCUCCGACUCCAAUACAUCCCACUCUUCGCAAAUACUUUCCAGUGACCUUGCAGAAGAACAGAGGACACGGCGAAAAAGAAGCGCCACACCGGUUCCCUCUACGCAGGACGUUGCUCGCAAAAGAGCGAGGUUGGCUGAGGAUGCAGAGGAAUCGAAGGCAGCAGAAGCUCCAGACCAAAUGAGAGAAGAAACAGAGGAGGCGAAAGACACUCGUGGAGAACAAAUGAAUGGGGAGGCUCCCAAAGUUGCUGUUGACGAACCUGGGGAAGGAGUUGUCACCACGAAGCCACUUUCCGCCUUUCAGGAUACCACUCCAAGGAACCCCAAGGCAGAAGAUCAAACAGUUUCUAUGUCUCCACCCAGAUCAACGACUUCAUCAGAAGAUCGAGAUAUUCCACCCGCCAUCCACCCAGCAACAUCAUCCAUUUACAUCCGUAACUUUAAGCGACCCCUCCAUAUCCCUUCUCUUCGCGCUCAUAUUGCAUCGAUAGCAAAAUCGCGUUCCUCUGACGACUCCGAUCCCAUCAACGUAUUUUACCUCGACAGUAUUCGAACCCAUGCCUUCGUAUCGUUUGCCUCAGUCGCCGCCGCAUCUCGAGUCCGUUCUGCGAUGCACGGAUCACGAUUUCCUGACGAACCUCUACGAGAACCACUCUUUGUUGACUACGUUCCCCCGAACAAGGUGCAAACAUGGAUUGAUCAAGAGACCGGCAGUGGUUUCGGUCGAGGCGGCAAUGGACGUCGUUUUGAAGUAGUUUACGAAGAAGGUGAAAAGGGCGUCGAGGCAAUCUUCCAAGAAGUCGACACCAGCAAACCUCACCUACCUCCCUUCGACACAAGUCGCGGUUCCCGCUUGUCAUUCGACAGGCAACAGUCGGAAUCUCUUUCCGCAGGUGUACAUGCUGACCGCGAGGCUUUGAUCCCUCGUGGUAGUCACAAUCGCGAUCGUGACCGCGACCGCCAGUGGCCACCACCCGCUGGCCCCGAAAACCCAUCCUCAAGCAAUGGCACAGGCUUCAAAGCGCUCGACGAACUCUUCGACUCCACUUCCACUAAGCCGAAGUUAUAUUACAAACCUGUACCUUCGUCCGUCGCGAACGAGCGGUCAGACAUGUUCCGCGGCCUGCGUUUGGGUUGGGAGGAGAUGGGACGUAGUGGCGACGAAGGCAUGAAGAGGUAUUCGUUUGAGAGGUCCAAGGACAGAGAGGAAUGGGUCGACAAAGGCCCUGAGUUUGGAUUUGGGCGGAAGGGGCAGGCUAGGUUGGUAGGCGUAGGAGCUGGAAGAGGAAGGGGAGGAGGAUAUCGAGGCAGGCCUAUGGACUCAUGGAGAGGAGGGAGGUGA